AUGGAGCGGAGCGGCAGCACCGGGAACGGCUCCGGGAACGGCACCGGGAACGGCGCCGGGAGUGGCACCGGGAACGGCACCGGGAGCGGGCGGGCAGCGCCGCCUGGCGGCCACGGCCGAGCAUUGCUGUGGCUGGCGCUGCUGCUGCUGCCCCCGGCCCGGGCACUGCCCACUCCUGUCCGGACACUGCCCACUCCUGCCCGCCGCUGCCACCCCCCCGCCCAGUGCCUCAGGCGCUCCCGGGAGCUGCUGGAGGCCGCCAACGCCUCCCCGCAGCGGCUGAAGGAAUCCAACAGCCUGGGGUUCGAAUGCACCCUCGAGGAGGUGGAUCUGCAGGACAUCACUGAGAACCAGACCAGCACCCUCAGGGCCUGCACAGCUGAGCAUCCCGGGCCCGGAAAUUGCCCAGCCCUGGAAAAAUCAACUUUUGAUGAGGGGAAAUGCCUGCAGGGCAUCUCUGAGGAUGUGAGAGCCUACAGGGCACGGCUGAGGAGCCUGCCCGACCCCCAGCUGCUGGCAGCUCUGGAUGGGAUGAUGGAGGCCCUGGGCAGCAGCGCCGGGCAGGAUCCGGAGGCGCCGCUGGGAUCGGGAUUGGGAUCGGGAUCAUCGGGAUCGGGACCAUCAGGACCAUCGGGAUCAUUGGGAUCGGCGCCGUUCUCGGAGCGGCUGCGGCUCUGCGGGGUCCUGCAGGCUCUGCGCAUCCGCAGCGUCACCAUCUGCAGGAUGCUGAGCUUCCUCAGCUCCCCCUGAACCCCGGGAAUCCCGGAGGAAAACACCCCCCCGGCACCCCACGGGAUCCCCACGGGCUGGUUUCAGGGAGCUGUGCCUUUUAAAGCCUGGUGAAUUCCCGGGGUUUUGGGAUUUAUCUGCAUCUGAGCACCAAAACGUUCCCAACUCUGAUUUAUCCGCGUUUAUUCUGCUGAUUUCUCAGGAACUGAGAGCUGUCUAUGGCAAUUCCUUUUCCUGGGCAUCCCUUCCAACUCAGGAUAUUCUAUUCCAUGGUUUAUUUAUGAUAUUCCACUCUAUUCCCUGAUUUAUGAUGAUAAUCCUUGAUUUAUUUGAGAUUCCAUUCUAUUCCAUGGUUUAUUUAUGAUAUUCCACUCUAUUCCCUGAUUUAUGAUGAUAAUCCUUGAUUUAUUUGAGAUUCCAUUCUAUUCCAUGGUUUAUUUAUGAUAUUCCACUCUAUUCCCUGAUUUAUGAUGAUAAUCCUUGAUUUAUUUGAGAUUCCAUUCUAUUUCAUUAUUUAUUUAAGGAAUUCCAUUCUAUUCCCUGAUUUAUGAUGGUAAUAUUCCUUGAUUUAUUUAUGAUGAUAUUCCUGGAUUUAUUUAUGAUAUUCCAUUCUAGUCCUUGA